AUGAAUCAAGAUGAUACAGAGCUUAGCUUACCAAAUGAAGUGUCGUCCCGGCUGUCACUUUUGUCCGAGAAACUGGAGUUUGUUUCUAUUAGAGUAGAGGAAAUGAAAGCUACUCAAGAUUAUUUAAUGUUUCCUAGACAGCACAAAUCCUACCUCGAAGAAAUCCGCAACAUCAGUUUACCUAGGGUGCGAAACGCUUUUUUUGAAAGGAUUCCCAAGUUGAAUAUCAUGGCAAGCUUGUUGAUUCAUUUAGUAGCACUUCUCAUCAGCGCAUUGUACAUCCACGAUGCAUAUGACGAAUGGCGAAACACCUUGACAGCGCUGAGCAACUCUUAUACAAGAGCCCAAGACGUGCCGUUCCCAGCUGUCACAGUUUGCGAGAACUUGGAAUUGAAAGAUGACUACAAUCGAUUUGAAAUAUUGCAAAGAUGCUUGUCAAAUAGAAACGGUGUUUCUUGGCUGUGCAAUGAAGAUGAACUGAAUAUGUUAAGAAUAUCAACUGAUAUAACACCGUUUGAAUAUGAUCUACUGGCGAUGAACAAAAGUGAUAGGAUUGUUUUUGAAAAACUGUAUCUUCCCAUAUUUGAUCACUCUGUAAAGUCGUUUCCAGUCAAUGUUAAUCAAACUUUCAGUGCGAGCGUGUAUCUAAAAUACAUCGAGAAACUGGGGAAACAACGUCUGACUGGGUUGAAAAUUUACAAUGCAGACUUUGAAAAUAGUUCAAAUGGCACGGUUAUACUUAGUAGUUUAAACAGUCAAAGGAUAUUUAUGGCACCUAGGGCAUACCUAAGGGAUAGAAUCAAAAUAUGCCAAACAUUCAAUGCUGUAAGCCACGGUCCUCAGGAUGCAAAAAUUAAGGUAAGGAAUGAUCUUAAAAAUGCUCAUGGUAAAAACACCCAAUGUAGUCCUGAAAAUGUGUUGGAAAAUGGUUGCAAGCAAAAUCUGUUAUACACAGAUAAAUCUUUAGAGAUUGAAUUUGACGAUGCAGGUUUUACGCAGCUCGCUUCUGUUAGUCCAAAAGAUGACGAAAAUGAAAACAUAACUCACAUAAACGAAUCUAAAAGAGUGUCUGAAAAGUAUACAGUAUUUGUUCACAACAGCUUCACGUAUCCAUCGAUAACAACUAAUCAUCAUAUCUUCUUCGCCAAGGCAGCGACUUCUACCACCACCUUAACGCCGUCCAUCACCACUAUAAAGAAAAGCCUUUUCGAGGUGGACGUUAUGAAAAGAUUCUGUAUAUUUUCCCACGAGAAGACGUUGUCUCUUUUCACCUUUUACACUUAUCAAAACUGUCUUUUUGAAUGCCAAAUAAACUGUUCCAUUGCGGAAUGUGGUUGCGUUCCGUACCACCUUGCGAUUUGCAACGGAUCGUUUGAUAUUUGUAGCAACAAAGUUUCUGAUUAUUGUAUUGAGAGGAACAUGUUUCUAUCCUGGCAUGCGUUUAAACACAAGAGAUGCAAGUGUGAUUGUCCUACAGAAUGUGUGACAAUUGAUUACGCAACGGAUCCUCUUAUUGGUGAUGACUAUGAUGACCAACGAGCUACGAAAUACCAAGUUUCUUAUGAUAAGAAUGAUAUUCCAACAACUGUUCGCUACAGUGUUUCAAGCACAGCUGAGUUCGUUGCUUACAGUUUGGGCAUUUUGGGUGUGUUCAACGGGUUCAGCAUGGAACUGGUGUGGCAGAUUGCGUACUGGUUCACCCUUGGCUUGUGGUCUACGGUGAGAAACGUGCUUCAUGACAAUUUGUAG